AUGAAGCGGGUUACCGAUUUCGUGCGGCAAGUUCUUAAUGAACAUCGAAAGGAGGAUAUUGUGAAAGGGAAGCGGGUUGAUACGGGUGCCAUUUCUCAACCUAAGUCCACCCAAACUUCGUUUAAAACAUUCAAAACUAGUGGAGCAACUGAAUUUAAUGGGGUUUCAGAUCCAAUUGUAGCUAUCGAAUGGCUACUGAACACAAAAAAAGUGUUUCGGAUCUCCAAAGUCUCUGAAGAGGAUAAGGUUAACUAUGCGACCGCUAUGUUUAUGAGUAGUGCACUGAUAUGGUGGGAUGCAACUUACCAGUCUCUGAAUAAGGCUGAAAUAAAUAAUUUAACUUGGGAAGGCUUCAAAACCAUUUUUCACGAACAAUAUUGUCCCCCUGACCUACUGAAAUGGUUGGAGAAAGAGUUCAUUGACCUUAAACAAGGAGAUUUGACUGUGGUGCAGUAUGAGACCCAGUUCAAUAUGAAGGCACGUUUUGCUUCACAUUUCGUUACCUCUGAACAACACAAGAUUGAACAUUUAAUUGACGGUCUGAGGAGAGAGAUUAAAGAAUUUGUAUCAAAUUGUGAUCUUACAAGUUUUCGGAGAGCGAUUGAAUGUGCUAGACGAUGA